CUUUCGCGGUCCUACGUACCUCAUCCCUUGGCUCCUCCAAUGGCCGCCGCCGUUCCCCGCCUCUCCUCCUCCGCCGCCGCCUCAUCCUCCUCCACCCUUAAUCAUCCUACCCUCCGCCGUCACAAACCCUCUUCCUCCCUCCCAUCCUCACUCCGACUCCCCCUUCAAUCCUCCCCCUGUUUAAGCCAUCGCCUUACUCUGCGCUCUUCGGUCCCCUCCCUCCGCCUCCCCUGUUCCGCCGCCGCCACCCAAGUUUCCGUCUUUGACACCGACGACAAGCCCCACGAGCAGUGCGGCGUCUUCGGUAUCAUCGGCGACCCGGACGCUGCUCAGAUGUGUUACCUGGGCCUGCAUGCCCUCCAGCACCGUGGCCAGGAAGGCGCCGGCAUCGUCUCCUCCGACGGGUCCGCCCUCCACUCCGUCACCGGCCUCGGACUCGUAUCGGAGGUCUUCUCCGACGCCUCCAAGCUCGCUCCCCUUGUUGGCUCCGCCGCGAUAGGCCACAACCGCUACUCCACCUCCGGCGCCGCCUCCGCCCUCGCCAACGUCCAGCCCUUCGUCGCAGGAUACCGCUUCGGCCAGCUCGCCGUCGCCCAUAACGGCAAUCUCGUCAACUACCGCUCCCUCCGCCACGAGCUUGAGUCGAAAGGCUCCAUCUUUAGCACCACAUCCGACACCGAGGUCAUCCUCCAUCUGAUCGCCACCUCCGCCGCCCGCCCUCUGAUCGCCCGCAUCGUCGAGGCUUGCGAGUCACUCUCCGGCGCCUUCUCCCUUGUGUUCCUCACCGCCGACAAGCUCAUCGCCGUCCGCGACCCCCACGGCUUCCGCCCCCUCGUCAUGGGCCGCCGUCCGAACGGUGCUGUCGUCUUCGCCUCGGAAACCUCUGCCCUAGACCUAAUCAGCGCCGAGUACGUGCGCGAGGUCAACCCUGGGGAGGUAAUCGCCGUCGACGUCAACGACAUGCUCAUCGCCACAUCCUACCUCCUCACCAGGAAACCCCGCAAAAGCUGCGUCUUCGAGCACAUCUACUUCAGCAGCCCCAACUCGAUCAUCUUCGGCCACCCGGUCCACGCCUCCCGCUACAACUUCGGCGCCGCCCUCGCGCGCGAAUCCCCCGCUCCGGGAGCCGACAUCGUGAUUCCGGUGCCGGAUUCCGGCCUCUUCGCGGCUCUCGGCUUCGCCGGGGCCUCCGGCGUGCCCUUCAAGCAGGGUCUCAUCCGCUCCCACUACGUCGGCCGCUCCUUCAUCGCGCCGAACCAGGAGGAACGCGACCUCGCCGUGAAGCUCAAGCUCGCCCCCGUCGAGGGCAUACUCGCCGGGAAGAGCGUCGUCGUCAUCGACGACUCCAUCGUGCGAGGAACCACGUCUUCCAAGAUCGUCCGGCUCAUCAAGAACGAGGGAAAAGCCCGCGAAGUGCACAUGAGGAUCGCCUGCCCUCCCAUCGUCGGCUCCUGCUACUACGGCGUCGACACGCCUAGAGCAGAGGAGUUGAUCUCCAACCGGCUCGGCGUGAAUGAGCUGAGGCAAGAGAUAGGCUGCGACUCGCUUGGCUUCCUCUCGCUGGAGAGCAUGAAGGGAGCAUUUGGGGAAGGACGCCACAUGCUCUGCGACGCCUGCUUCACGCGCAAGUACCCAGUGACGGCGCCGGAGCCCCUCGCUGCCGAGGUCGGCGACGAAGCAGAGGACUGAGGUUUUGGUAGCUGCUAUGACACCAACUGCAUUUUUAAUUAUAGAAAAUGUGGAAAAAAAUAUUUUUCACAUUUUUCAUCUUUAUUUUUAUUCUAUUUUAACAAAAAAAAAAUCAGUGUAUAUUUCCGUACCUGUUUCACUUCAACGAAUCAACUCCGUAGUUUCCGUAGUUGACUUGAUGUGAAUCGACUGUUGA